UUAAUUUUUAAAUUAUCUUCGGUCAGCAUGACACCACUGUUGCAGUCAAUAUCCGUCCGUUCUUUCUACAAAAGGGGGUUAGAUCCAUCAAUCCAUCCAUCCAGGCCAGGCGACCAAGAAGGAAACCGCAGCCCACAGCAAGCAAGAGAAAAUUUGGGGGAGAUCAUCGAUCACUGAUCGAGGGGUCGAUAGGCAGUAGGCAGUGGACAGAGAUGGCGCCGCCUGUAGUGGGGGAACAGAUCAAGAGCAGCAAGAUACUGGUGUUUGGAGCAACUGGGUACCUGGGUAAGUACAUGGUGCGCGCCAGCGUUUCCUUGGGGCAUCCUACCUACGCCUUCGUCCGCCCCAUCAAACCCACCUCUGAUGCCUCCAAGUCCAAGCUCAGCCUUCUUCAGGAAUUCGAAGCUCUUGGAGUAACCGUCUUCCAAGGAGAGUUGGACGAUCAUGAAAAGCUAGUUUCGGCAGUGAAAGAGGUGGAUGUGGUGAUUUCCACUCUUGCAGUUCCUCAGCAUCUGGAGCAACUCAAAAUCAUUAGGGCCAUGAAAGACGCCGGCAACAUUAAGAGGUUUGUUCCAUCGGAAUUCGGGAACGAAGUGGACAGGGUAAGCGGGCUGCCGCCCUUCGAGGCGUUGCUUGAAAACAAGAGGAAGGUACGCAGGGCGACGGAGGCUGCUGGCAUCCCUUUCACCUAUGUCUCUGCAAAUUCCUUCGCUGCCUACUUCAUUGACUACCUGCUCCGUCCCCAUGAAACUCUUGACGAAGUCACUCUCUACGGAAGCGGAGAAGCCAAAGCGGUGUUGAAUUUUGAGGAAGAUGUAGCAGCGUACACGGUGAAAGCGGCGACGGAUCCAAGGGUUGCCAACCGCGUCAUCAUCUACAGGCCGCCCGGCAACAUCGUCUCCCAGCUGGAUUUGGUUUCUUCCUGGGAGAAGAAGACGGGAAGGACUCUCAAGCGGAAGCACGUUCCCGAGCAAGAAAUCGUCAACCUCACCGAGAGUCUGCCCUUCCCAGACAACAUACCAGUGGCCAUACUGCACAACAUAUUCAUAAAAGGGGAUCAGAUGAGCUUCCAACUCACAGAAGAUGACCUGGAGGCCUCCAAGCUGUAUCCUGACUACAACUACACUUCUGUUGACGCUCUCCUUGACAUUUGCCUUGUUAAUCCUCCCAAGCCCAAGUUAGCUGCUUUUGCUUGAUCUCUACUUCUGUAUGUCCGGCUUAAUUUUGUUAUAUAUACAUUCAACUCAAAUAAUUAAACUCCUUAUGGUUUAUGAAAACAGAUCUUAAAUCCUA